CCUAAGCGAUACGAGAGAGAUCUCAAGGAGAAAAGAUGGAAUCAGCUCCGACGGGAUGCUUCAAAUGCGGCCGUCCCGGUCACUGGUCUCGCGACUGCCCAUCCUCGGCUCCGGCCACCGGCAAUCCGGCUCCAUCUCAAACCCCUAACAACGAAGAAUCGCAGAGAUCUUUCCCCAAAAGUGGAAACCCCGCCGUUCCGAAAGCGACGAAGGCGAGAGUUCAAAGGCCUAAGCUAACACCAGAGAUGCUUCUCUCGGAGGAUGGUUUAGGAUAUGUUCUUCGACACUUCCCUAGAUCCUUCAAGUAUCGUGGCCGUGGGAAAGAGGUUAGCGAUUUGGGGAAUUUGAUAAGGAUGUACAGUGAGUGGCACUCUCAUUUGCUACCUUACUAUUCUUUUGAUCAGUUUGUUCAUAAAGUCCAACAAGUCGCUUCUACUAAGCGUGUCAAGAUUUGUAUAAAUGAACUGAGGGAAAGGGUCGCCAGUGGAGUUGAUCCAAACAAGUUAUACGAGAAGCAAGAGGAAAAUGCUCUUCAUUCUGAUGAUCAAGGUGACGUAGAUAUGGAUCAGCCAAGUUAUGACAAUGAGAACAUACCAUCAAAGAAGACUGUAGAUGCUGCUGAUACAAAUGCUGAUGCUUUUCAGGACAGUAUGUUGGACGAGAUAUUUGAUACUGCAACGGAUUCAAGACCUACUCAGAAGCUACCGAGCGAUGAACAGAACAUGAAUCAAAGCAAUGAACUCACUGAAGAUCAAAAAGCACGUAUGGAAGCUAAUAGAUUGAAGGCACUGGAGAGAGCUCAGAACAUUUCCGAGGAACAGAGACUACGAAUGGAAGCUAAUAGGCUCAAAGCUCUCGAAAGAGCCAAAGCAAGGUUAGAACCAAACCAAGAUUAGCCUUAGCUUCUAUUACCAGAUGCUCUUUGGGAUUUUUGGUGUCUCUUGAUUGUAAUGUGUAACCGAAUCUUUGACUUUUGGUUUGGUUUGGUUUUCUUAGAAGUAUAUUGCAUGAAUACACCAUUCAGAAGAGGACAAAGAUAAUGAAAAAAAUAUAUUUAAAAUAGUGUGACUUGUUCUCUACCGUCCAAUUUAGGUGGAGA